AUGGAGGUUCUUUCGCCACGAUCAGCAAAUCUCCCCAUGGCCCCUCCCAAAGCCUCGAGGAAGCCCAAAGUCGACUCUAAACCAAAGCCAGACGUCAAACUUACCAAUCCCGAUCGCAUCGACGACAGAUGGAGACCUCCGCCGUCAAUAUUAGAGCCUGGUCCGUCGCCAGAAACCUAUAUAAUGGGCAGGAAACUAGGAAAAGGAGGAUUCGCAGUUUGUUUCGAGGGAAAGUCAAAAACAACAUCCCAAGUAUUUGCCCUCAAGGUGGUCAAAGCCAAGGUUGAGCAGAAGAAGAUGAUGGAAAAGUUCCGAACAGAGCUUCAAAUCCAUGCCAAAAUGCACCAUCCAAACAUUGUCGAAUUCCUUCGUGCGUUCACCAUCGACGAAUACACCUACGUGGUCCUGGAGAUGUGCCCCAAUGGGAGUCUUACCGAAAUGGUCAAGGUCCGCUCCUGCCUCAGUCUACCGGAAGUGCGCCGGUACAUGAUUCAGAUUUGUGGAGGGGUAAAAUACAUGCACAAGCGAUCUGUCAUUCAUCGAGAUCUGAAGAUGGGCAAUAUUUUCCUGGACGCCCGAAUGAAUAUCAAGAUCGGAGACUUUGGCUUGGCUGCAGUCAUGGCAGACGAGCAUGAUCGUCGGACAACACUGUGUGGCACCCCAAACUACAUCGCUCCAGAGAUUUUGAGCAAGUCCGGCACCCGUGGACACGACAACAAGGUUGAUACCUGGGCCGUGGGGGUGAUAUGUUAUGCCAUGCUCAUGGGCACUCCUCCCUUCCAGUCAAAGACCCAACAGGAGAUUUACUCGAAACUGAGGACGCUGGAGUACGAGUGGAGGAUUGACAGCAAGAAUUACAUUCCUCAACAGGCCAAAGACUUUGUGGCUUCGUGUCUCAACCUCAACUCUGUCGAGAGACCAGAGAUGGAUGAACUUGUUGAGCACGAGUUCUUCACCAUGGGAGCGAUUGCCGACGAGCUGGACACUUCUUGUUUAAGAGCGACCCCAACAUGGCUGGAAAAUGCUGACCCACGCGGAGACAAAGUACAAGCGGGCUAUGGAAUCAGUCACGGCAGAAUAUGCCGCGAAUGUGGCAUUGGCAUUGGCUCUGAUGGCCGGCCUCGCGCCGGAGUCGGUACUGGAUUGAACAUCUCAACUCUGGUGGAAAUUGAGGCCGAAAAUAGAGAAGGGUGUGCACCAGUGGUUCCUUUGCCACCAGGGACUCUGUAUAAACAAUUCUCAGACGCCUACGCUGAAUGGACAGCACGCCAGAAGCAUCCACUCCUAACAUCGCGCGUCCGGAGUCGAAAGCCUAUCUUGGAACAGCCGGAAUCGCUCUCUUCGAGAACCUCUAAAGCCGAAACAGAAGGAUUACCAGCUGGGGCGUCCAAGGCUCCUUUACCGCCGGCGAAUGCCACAACCAGACCGUUUCAAAGCUUUGCAGCCCAGCAAAGGCAGCAAGCACUCCCUUCAGGAGCAGCCCGACGGGGUCCUAUUGCUCCUCAAGAGGACGUCCCCAGGCCACAGCAACCGCAAAUUGUUGAGCCUCUUCUUCAGCCACUUUUGAGAGAACGGCCCGUACGAGCUGCUACUAUCCGCACAACGAGAAACGCGGCCUCGCGUGGUGAUCUGGUACCCCAGUUAUCGAGGACAUUACCGAGAUCGACGACUGCACCUGAUGGAUUAAAUGAGAUCGUCAAACAAGAACUGAGCCAGAACAGGCCGGAGGGCCGCAGAAUCAAAAGUGGGAUUUCCACUGUCACCCCAGUCCCUGAAAACCAGCCAGCAAAGAGUACUUCGCAAUCGGUGGUUGUAGCAGAAGGUGCAACUCCGAAGUCCUCUUCUCCUGGCUCAUCAGGGUCAACGGGAGACGCGUCUUGUCAUGUGCUACAGCCUACCAGUGGAAAUGACAGGCAAACGAUUUCCGGGUUGAGAGAAAAGCAGAGACCAGCCAGCGCCGAAGAGAGACAACGGGCGCCAUCAACAGCAGAUCCCGUUCACACAAUGUCUUUCUCAAAACAUCAACCUAGAAUUAUCGCGAGGACAGACCGUGCCACCUUGGUUCCUCAGACUUCCAAUCGCGAUGUUCUCCAGUCCCUGCAAAGUCUACACAAAGCCCUUGAUCCGCGAAGGUUUGACGAGGCAGGGAGGCGGCCAAGGUCAGCAUACGGCACAAGGAAGGUCCGGACACGUUCCACAUACCCUCGCGUCGACAAAUGGGUAGACUAUUCCACCCGGCAUGGUAUAGCUUAUAUCCUCUCCGAUGGCACGGUUGGCAUGAUUCUUAAAUCCUCGGAAGACAACUCUUUGCCCAGUAGCUGCGUGGUCGUGCGCCAUGCCAGCAGCCACACCAUCAGACGAGCCAAGGGGCUUGAGUAUCAAUUUGUGCCACAAGGGCCCGAUGCCGCAGACGUCGAAUUUUAUGAACAGAGCGACUAUGAAGCCGGGAUGAAGCGGCUCGACGUCCCUGCGCGAAGAUUCCUCCUCGACCUUGAAGCACACCCAAACCAAGUCGCUGCAGCCAAUGCGAUCCAAAGCCGCUUGGAGGGCAGUGAGGCUGAGCGGAUGAAGGAGGUGGCGCUUUUGGACAAGUUCGGGAAAUAUAUGAACAAGCAAGGAAGGCAUGACGACUCGACCAGUGGUAGGGCGGCGGACAAGAGCCAACAUUUUGUGCACUUCUAUCAACGAGUGGGAAACGUUGGGGUCUGGAGAUUCGCAGAUGGCGGAUUGCAAUUCAACUUUCCAGACCAUACCAAGAUUACCAUCCACGGGCCGGCUGUGGAGGAGGAUGGUGAGCAUGGGCAGUACCGAGUCAAUUGCGUGUAUCUCAUGCCAACUGACGCCAUUGGCCUUGCAAGCCACGGCGGUCUAAGCGGGGAGGCCAUGGAACGUCGCGAUGAAUUGAGCUUGCCAUUGGAAGAUAUCAUGAACGACACGCUGCGUCGGUCGGAGAUGGAGAUUGUGCGCACAAACGAGAUCAAAGAGAAGCUGUGCUGGGCUCGCGCCGUCAUCGGGUGCUGGAUCAAAGAAGGUGGACUGGGCAAGAUGGGGGAAGAGAGGCUGGGCUGGAGCGGGUUGCAAGAACGACGAGAUGAUAAAAGGAUCAAGCUGCAGUGGGUGACAGUUGGGAGAUUUGGUGGUGAUGGCGACGGCCAUUGGGGGAACAAGGUGGGCAGUAAGCAUUGA